AUGAGAGACGUUGUCAAGAACGAAGAGCUCGACAUUCCCGAGGGCGUCAAUGUCACCAUCAAAUCCCGCGUCAUCAAUGUCACAGGACCAAGAGGGACGUUGACCAAGAACGUCCGCCAUGUCAACAUGGACAUCCGCCUCCUCAAGGGCAAAGCAAACAAGGUGACUCUUGCAGUCUGGCAAGGCGGCCGCAAACACGUCGCAUGCUUGCGCACAAUUAAGAGUCUCAUUCUCAACAUGAUCACCGGUGUCACCAAGGGUUUCUUGUACAAAAUGCGCGCUGUCUACGCCCAUUUCCCAAUCAACUGUAUCAUCCAAGAGAAUGGCCGCUCAUUGGAGAUCCGUAAUUUUCUGGGCGAGAAGACCGUUCGCCACGUCCACAUGCUGGACGGUGUAACAGUAUCUGAGAGCAAGGCGCAAAAGGAUGAGCUGAUCCUUGAGGGUGCUGACAUUGAGAAUGUCUCACAAUCAGCGGCAUCUAUUCAGGGUAUCUGCCGGGUGCGGAACAAGGAUAUCCGUAAAUUCUUGGACGGUAUCUACGUGUCGGAGAAGGGCACAAUCCUUCAGGAGUGAGCGAUUGGUGGCGGUGGUUGGGACGGCUGGUAUUCCAUAUUCACCAAAAGUCGCAUGUGUCAUGUCAUUACACUCGGUAUUUUUCUUUUUUAUGAGAUCACAAUCAUGCAUUCAUGCAUACCAC